AUGGAUGAUUUAAAAUUUUGUCUUCAAAACAUUGGUUGUAAUGUUAAUGGAAGAAAAGAUGAAUUACAACGGAGGUUGAACAGAGCUCUUGAUUGUGCCAAAAGUCAGAAUAGUACAGUAUCUAUAGUUUUAAAUAGGGAAGAAAAUAAAUGGAAAAAUAAAAAUAUUUCUUCUACAAAAAGUAUAGUUUGUUCUUAUCCUGGUGAUAUAGUAAUGAAGAAACUUUUUUUUCAUAAAAUAAUUUCAAAUAUCUCCCAAUGGAUUCUUCCUAGUGUUGAUGAUUCUUGCUCGACUGUAUAUUUAAAUUGCGAACUACCAGAUUAUAUUUCUAUUGAUUCACUUAUUUCUAACAAAAAUGAAAUUUCUUCAAAUUGUUUAUUAUUACGUUCAGCAAAACUUUCAUUCUUUGACGAUGACAAUGAAUUAAAAGUUGAUACAUAUCCUGUGUCGAUGCGUAUGUAUAUAAAUAAAACUGAUUAUACAAAUUUACUACCAAGAGAAGUUUUUUAUAGUAGUGCUGAUAAAAAAAAUCGUUUAAAUGUUCCUACAAUAUUGAACGAAGCUUUAUUAGAAAAUUCUGAUAUUAUUCGAGUUUUGAAAUCUUUUACGGUAGAAUUACGUUAUCAUAAGGAGAUCAACGAUUAUGCUAAAUUUGCUUUUGCUUUAUUUACUUCUACUCCAAUAUCAGUUAAAGAAUUAUGUGAUGAAAUAUCAAAACGAGAAAAAUGGGAUUAUAGUAAAUUUAGUGAAGAUUUAAAUAAAUUUAUGUCAAAGUCGUCUGACAUUCAAUUAGAAUUUGCUAAAAUUUCAUUACUAUCUUCAACAACUCGAAAGAGGAUUAAUAUUCCUUUUAGAGGAAGAUAUUGUAAUCACUUAAAUCCCGAUGAUUUGGAAGAUUAUAUUACAAUCAACAAAAAUACUGAAGGAUGGAAAUGUAAAAUUUGUAAGGCAUUGUGUACCCCUGAUGAUAUAUUUAUUGAUGAGUUUUAUAUGAAAAUUUUGGAGAAACAUAAAACUGUCGAAGAAAUUGAGCUAUAUCCUGAUAUGACUUAUAAAUUAUUUGGUCAAGAGGAAGAUAAAAUUUGUCAAAAACCAACUGCUCCAAAGAAAAGUAAAAUUGAAGAAGAAAUAGUAAUUAUUGAUAGUGAUAAUGAAGAUGAAUUUGAGAAUGAGGAUGAGGAAGAUAUUUUUACAAAAGUAUUCUCAAAUAAAAAUGAAAAAACAAAAAUUACUGAUAGUAAUUUUUCAAAGAAUGAGGAUGAGGAAGAUAUUUUUACAAAAAUAUUCUCAAAUAAAAAUGAAAAAACAAAAAUUACUGAUAGUAAUUUUUCAAAAACAGUUGAAAUCCCAAAAAAACAGAUUGAAUGUAUUGUAAUAAAUGACAGUUCAGAUGAAGAAGAACCUCCUGAAAAAAGAACUAAAAGUAAUAACAAAAGAAUUUUAAAUAAUCAUAUCUUUCAACCGAAGCUAUUCUCUAAUAAAUAUUCGACAAAUAUUGCAUCAGAAUCUUUAUCAGAAAUUUUUUCUUCCGAUGAUUCCUCUAAGGGCGAUGCAGAUGAUUAUAAUGAUUUGUCUGUUAAUCUGCCAAAUAAUGAAGAUUCAACAAUAACUAGUAAUGGAAUGUAUGAAAAAAAUACUUGCCCUGUUUUUAAUGCAUUUGUUAAGAAAAUUAUUGCAGAUGAUCCAUGUACGGUAACAAAGAUGUUUUUUGAUUCUCCAAAUAACAAAGAUCUCCUGCCUCUCAAUACAACUGUUUUAAAAGACAAUUUAUCAAUUCAAGAUAAUACUGAUUUAUUUCAUAUACCUCAAAUCGAAGAAAUUAAGGAAUAUUAUGAAGCAAAAAAUAAAGAAUGGUUACGUGGAUUAGAAAAAUUUAUGAAUAAUGCUGAAAAAAAUAAAGGUGAUAUUUCUGCAUCUUCCUAA